AUGACUACCCCUCAUCCGCCCAUCCCGAAGCCGAGGAUUUUCAAACCGAAACCGACCGUAUUGCCGAGAAAACAACUACCACUAGCCGAUCAAGCGAGGACGGUUGAUGGAGAAGAAGAAGAAGAAGAAGAAGAAGAAGAAAGAAUGGCCAUAUAUUUUGAAAGAAAAACGUUUCUCAUCGACGAGCGUAAGACUUUCGUUGUGGACAAUGAGAGGAAUUUGAGAGAGCCAACUCCUCGAUUGAGCCAAAUAGCCGUUGUUGUUAAUGAUCGGUGUUUAUCAGCAGAGAGUACAGAAACCCUUUUGCCGGCUCGUUUCUCUCACGAUCAGACAUUCACUACGAGAUCAUCAUCAACCUCUCUCGGCAGCUCGUUCGACUCGAUUUUGGCUUGUUGCAGUGAAGAGGACUUUGAGUCAAGAAAACGGGGUGAGUCU